AUGGCACCUGGUUCGGAAGCAGAAAAUGUCAACUCCUAUUCCAACAUUGGAGAUCAUUUUGUUGUCAUUGUUGAAGGGGAGCGAAUUGAAAUGGAGCUCAAUAAUCUUGAUCAACCCAUCAAAAAGCAAGACUCAAAGGUGGUAAGGCCUGAUGACAAAUUGGAUGUAUUCAAAAAAAUAGAUACUAAAGGAUUUGGGGAGAAAUGGAAAGACUACAAGCAUGAAUUGAAGAAAAAAUUACUUAAUGAAAAAGACACAUUUGCAGCACAAGUUGUGGCAAGGGCAAGUCCUGAUAUGGUGGACUUAGAGCAACUAGCAGAGUUAGCCAAUCUUUGGUUCGAUCUAGAAUAUAUGAAAAAAUCAACUGGGACAUUGUCAAGUCGAGCUCAGUUGUUUGUCCAAACCCAUAAGAAAAAGGAUGACACACACUACAAUGAUGACACAAGGAAAAAAGUGGUUGAGAUGGAGGAACUUUUAACACAGGAUACAAAUUCUAUAGAAAUGAGGUCUGGAGGAACCAUGACUUGGGCAUCAGAUGAUGUUUAUUCGAAAGUUAUGGGCCCAGAAUGGCCUGGAUGUGUGCGUGGUUUGGGGUUUGGGCCAACCCCUACAAGAAAAACUUGUCAACAUUUACCACCAACGUCAAGCCAAGAAGAUGGUAUAUCAAAGGAAGAGUUUAAUAGAAUGCGGAACAAAUUAAUUGAAUUGUGGAACUUAGUAAACACAUUUGUGCAUGCACAGGCCUCAGGGCAAAAUCAAAAAGAGAAUGAAGAGGAAGAGAAAGAUGAAGAAGAGGAAGAGAACAACAAGGACGAUGAUUGA